ACUGCUAGGCGGGCAAUCGUGUUUGUCCUUCACGCUGGAAGUUUAUUACCGAGCAGUGGAAAAGAGUCGGGGGGAAAAAAAUCCAAUGGCUUGGUCGUGGGGUUAGAAGUUACUGGAGUCGUGAUUUCUUGGCUAUUUUCUUAUGGCAAAUGUCAAAAGCAAAAACUUUUGUUUGAGAGUAAAAGCGUCUGGGGGGAAUAUAGAAACUUGCGCCAAAUCCAUGAAUUUUCAUAAGGGUGGAGGUACACGACAUCAAGGAGAGGUGAAUGGCGCGAGAGAGCAGGUCCAGACUUGCAGGCUAUCUCUCAAUGACUCACUGGAAAGAGAUGUCAGAACAUUCCUGGUGGAUGAAGCUGAGCUCCACACCUACGAUGACCUCACCAAAGUGAACCCCUUGACCCCAACCAUAGUGCUGAAGUGCCUGCAGGCCCGUUAUGGGGCGAGGGUGUUCUACACACGCGCGGGCUGCACCCUGGUGGCCCUCAACCCCUUCCAGCCUGUCCUGGACCUCUACUCCCUGGACGUGAUGCACAAGUACCACGCCGCUGCCCAGCCGCAGGACCUUAAGCCGCACAUCUUCAUCGUGGCGGAGGAGGCCUACAGGAACGUGCGGGGCCAGGUGGAGCCCGUCAACCAGUCGCUAGUGGUCUCUGGGGAGAGCGGAGCCGGGAAGACGUGGACGUCGCGCUGCCUGAUGAAGUACUAUGCUACUGUGGCUGCCUCCCGCCACGGGUCCCGCCUCCCGCCACGGGUCCCGCAUCCCGCCAUGGGUCCCCCCUUCUCCUGCAAGUCUCAGGACACGGUGGAGAGGAUUGAGAGACGCGUGCUGGACUCCAACCCUAUCAUGGAGGCUUUCGGAAACGCUCGCACGGUGCGCAACGGCAACAGCAGUCGCUUCGGAAAAUACAUCCAGCUCCAGCUGAACAGUUCCCAGCUGCUGGUAGGGGCGUCGGUGCAGACCUACCUGCUGGAGAAGACCAGGGUGGCCUUCCAAGCGGCUAACGAGAGGAAUUUCCACAUAUUCUACCAGAUGAUGAAAGGGGCAACAGAAAAACAGAGGCAGGAGUGGGGGAUGCAGGAGGACCAGACGUUUGCCUGGUUGCCAAACGCAGAGAAAACCCUCGAAGAGGAUUUUUUCCAAGAAACGGUGGAAGCCAUGGCCAGCUUGGGCAUCGACGUGGACAAGCGGGCACAAAUAUUCAGGCUCUUGGCAGGCAUUCUGCAGCUGGGGAACGUCCGCUUCCGUCCACCUGCCUGCGAGUCUAAGCGCUGUGAGCUCGGCGAACAGUCAGAAGGUUCCCUGCGGAAGGCGGCAGCCCUGCUGCGUGUAUCCCCUGACGAGCUGGAGGAGCGUCUGAGCGUGCAGCGUCUGCACGCGGGUCGGCAGGGCGCCCUGCUCAAGCCCUGCUCUGCGGGCGAGUGCGCCGUGCGCCGGGACUGCCUGGCCAAAGUCAUCUACGCCCACCUGUUCGAAUGGCUGGUCACCUUCAUCAACGGCAGCAUGUGUGCUGACGAUGCCAGCUGGUGCACCUUCAUCGGCCUGCUGGAUGUCUACGGCUUCGAGCGCUUCCCGCUCAACAGCCUGGAGCAGCUGUGCAUAAACUACGCCAACGAAAAGCUCCAGCAGCACUUUGUGACGCUCUAUCUGCGCGCCCAGCAGGAGGAGUAUGUUUCCGAGGGCAUGCACUGGUCCAUCGUCCGUUACCGCGACAACCAGGACUGCCUGGACCUGAUCGAGGGCAGCCCCUCCAGCAUCUUCUCCCUGCUUAACGAGGAGUGCCGCCUGAACAGGGCGUCCGAUGCCGAGCGGUUGAGCAAGCGCCUGCAGACCGAGCUCUCGCGUAGCAGUAGCGUGAGCUGGGACAAAUUCAGCACCCAGCCGCACUUCACCGUGGCCCACUACGCAGGCGACGUCACCUACCACGUCCAUGGUAUGAUGGAGAAGAACAAGGACCCAGUUCCCCCCGAGCUCCUCAACUUGCUGCAGCAGUCUGAGGUGCCCCUGUUGCAGAGCCUGUUUGCAGGUUCAGGCACCGAAGGACACGGGCCCCGAGGCCCCAGCAAAGUCACCGUCGUCUCCAAAUUCAAGAACUCACUGGAGAGUCUGAUGAGGAUUCUACACAGCACCACUCCACACUACACGCGCUGUAUCAAACCCAACGCCGACUGCACUCCGCUCUCCUUCAAAGGGGAAGAGGUGAUGAGCCAGCUGGAGGCCUGUGGCCUGGUGGAGACCAUCCACAUCAGUGCAGCAGGUUUCUCCAUCAGGAUUCCCUAUGGCAGCUUCGUCCAGAGAUAUGGGCUGAUCACCAGCGCUUGGCUCCCAGCUCAGACCAGUCACGAGGAAGACCGUCUGGCCCUCGUCGUUCAGGACAUCCUGAGUGCUGUCCUGAUGACGAGUCCUGCCGGGCUCUCCUCCUCUUCCUCCAACAACAACAACAAUAACAACACCACCACCACCAUGGUGCACUGUGGGAAGACCAAACUGUUCCUCACUAAUCCCAUGCUGGAGCUUCUGGAGGCUCACAGGAACAGGGUGCGCUCUGCCAAGGCCUUCUGCGUGCAGUGCUGCUGGCGCAGGUACCAGCGGCGCCAGCGGGCCGUCAGGACCCAGCGUGCCACUCGCAUCCAAGCAGCGGUGAGGGCCUGGCUGGCGAGGAGGGAGGUGAGAAAAUGGCACAGAGCUGCCUCAGUCAUACAGACCAGAUGGAGGUCUUGGAGGACUUGGAUGGACACCCUGGCCAAGGAGGAGCUGGACGGCGCCGAGGAAAAGUGCGAGGAAGAGUUUCGCCCCAUGCCCCCUCUGUCCCAUGCGCCAAGGGAGGGGCACCCUGCGCAGCCCCCCAGCGUGGGGGCACCCGUGGCGGUGUGCGCCUGGCCUCUGGGCCUUGCCCUGGCCUGCACCCCACACCUCACCCUGACCUUCACCGCCACCGGCUUCCAGAGGCUCGCGUCCGCGACGGCCGCCCUGAAGAUCCCCUCCAGGCAGGGAGAGUACAAGGUGGAGACCAAUCAGUUCGAGCGGGGCGUGGCCUCCAUCAGGGCACAGCCACGGGGUUCCGUGAAGCUCCACGCGAGGCGCUCGCCUCUGCACUACGCCCAUACGUACCCGGGACAUCACCACGACGGAGUGGCCGGUUUCAACCAGAUCCUGCUGGAGCAAACCUGAUCCCUCAUCACUCAGUUCCCAAGCCUGCACCCAGUCCAUGCACCUUUCCAAAGCACAAGCAGGAAUGCAAGAUAAAGUAGGGAGACAGUACAAGGUCUGUUUUAAGUGUAGGUGCCUUCCGUUCCAAAUGGAAUAUUGUCCAGCUGCUGUUGGCUUUUUUUAAUGUGUAUUUAUUCAGGGAAUUUCACUUCCUGCAUAAGGCUUGUUUCAUACCUGUCUAACCAAUAAUGGUUGUGGUUUAAAUUCUGCUUGUCAUCUUGAAAUUACAAUAUAUGACUGAGAUUUAUUUAAUUACAGAUGUCAUGUUAAUUAACUGAGAUUUGUGGGUAUGAAGACAGUUGAGAUCAGCUCAGAUUUAGGUUUAGCCUAAAUUACAGGUAAUGGCGAUCACAAAAGAAAGAUUUUGUGUAAACUUUUUUUUUUUUUUUAAGUAUUUUAAUUUUGGUUAUGUAUAUGCAAAAGCACCAACUAGUGGACCAGCAAAUAAUCAAGUAUUACUUGAAUUUAUGAUUCCUUGUUCAUCAGCGGUGAGGGAUGGUGCGGCAUUAACUGGAACAUGUCCCUGCCAUUUUGUGCUGUAUACUUUGUGUACGGUUUUGCUUUAAGGCUUUCUGCACAAGAACAGGGAAACGUGGACCUUGCCUUGUAACCUCUGUGGCUUUGGUUUCCCUUUUGUACUCUAUUCUCAGGCUGAAAAUGAAUCACAUACCGGGUCCUCACAUUACUGCCAUACUUACCUGAACAAUAAAGAAAACACAAACGCUCUGUUGUCUCGUGCUGUUGAUGUCUUAGUAAUACGAGUACGUUUUGAUUACGCCGCAUGCUCUAAUGCUAUGUGCCUGUUUACACAAAAUGAAUUUGAUUGCUCUUCAGGUUAGAGUGGUAAUAGCAGUUGACAUUAGCUGAGAAAAAAACCCCAAAUCACAUUUACCUGACACUUUUAUCCAAAGCAAUUCACAAUUAUGA